UAUGGUUUUUGUUUUUGUUUCACCAAACUAUCUCCUCGUGUGAAAAGUGUGUGUGUAUUUUUAAAAUUGUUUCGGCCAAAAAAGAUUUUUGGCAUCCACUAAAUUCUAACUGGCUGCUGUGUGACAAUGUUCUAGUUUUUGUUGUUUUUUUCCAUUAAUUCAACAAAAAAUGUGAUUUUAUCAAUGAUGACCGUAACACGAAUUUAACCAAAUCAAAUCGAAUACUUUUCGAGUGUUUUUUUUUAAAUUAUGGAAUCUUUGGAUGAAUUUCAGAUGCUCGAAUCAAUGAUUCAAAAGUCCGAAGAAUCAUUGAAACGAAAUCAGAAAUCGACAUCAAUGGUGGAAUCAAAUGAUAAUAAUGAUGAUUCGAAACAACAAAUGGAUCUACUCGAGAAUAUUAUUUCAAAUGAAUUAUCGAAUCAUGAUGAAUUAUAUGAUCGAAAUGAAUUAAUAAAAAAACUUUGUAAAAGAUUACAUCAAGCAUUACAGAAUAAUGAAGAGAUACGUAAAUCUGAAAUGGUAAUCAACCAAGAACUGCAAGAUAUGAAACAUGAAAUGCAACAAUUUACAACAAUGAUGAUGAUUUCUUCCACAAAAUCACAACGACCAUCAACAAAUUCCAACACAAGUCUUGAUGCAAACAAUGAUGAAUCAUCAUUGGAAUUAUGUCGAAAACAAAUUUUAAAUCAAAGUAGUUUUCUAAGUCAAAUGGAUUAUAAUCAUAUUGAUUUGACCAAUGCCAACAAUGACAAAAUUGAUUGUAAUGAUCAACCACAACCAGAACAACAACAACCAAAUGUACAAAUGUUAAUCGAACAGAUUCGAAUGUUGGAGAAAAAAAUUGAAAUCGAACGUCAUUCAUAUUUAGAAGAAAAUGAACGUUUGAAUUUGGUUAUUGAUGAAAAACAAAAAUUUAUUGAUGAUUUAUUAUUGAAUAAUGAUGAGGAUAAUGGUAAAACGUUGAUGACAACUACGAAGAAGAAGAAAUCAAUCUGUGAUAAUUCAUCAUCCGAAGCAGGACUUUAUGAUUGGCGUAUUGAAGAAGAUAUUAUCGAUGAUGAAGAAUUAUUGAUUGAUGAUUCCAUUGUUAAUAAUCAUCGUCGACCAGAAAUGUCAAACGAUUCAUAUAAUCAACAAACUAAUAAUCGAUUAUUAGUAGUAUUAUCUGAUUUGGUUAAAACAUUUUUAGAUACUGAACAAGAUAUACAAAAACAAUUGGAAACAUUAGGUUUAGAAUCAGUGAAAAAUGGUCAAUUCAAUUCAUCAUCAUCAAUGAUAAUGAAAAAUGGACAUUGUGAUGAUUCAUUUGGUGGUUUUCCAUCACUUGAUCAUGAUCAAUCAGAACGAUUAUUAAUGUCAACAACUAAUAGUGAAAUUGUAACAUUUGAUUUACUUUGUGAAGAUGGACCUGAUCUUACUACACCAUCAGAUUUAAUCUAUAAUAGUAAUAAUCCAUUAAGUUAUUCAACUAAUACAACGAUUACUGGUUCUGGUUCAAAAUCUUUAAUGAAUGGUCAAUCAAAUGAUAUUGAAGAUGAUGUUGUACUUGGUGCAAGUCGUCGUUUACGUUUAGCUGUUGAACGUGUUUUAAAAAUACUUUCCAAUACAAUGGAUCAACAAAAACAAGAUUAUAAUGAAUUGCAACAACAAAAAAAUGAAUUACAAAUAGAAUUUCAAGAAGAAUGUAAACGUAGUGAUCAAUUAACCCGGCAGCUAAUGGAAAAAGAACAAACAGUAAAAAUAUUAGAAAAUGAAAAAAAAUUAUUAAAUGAUCAAUUAAUUGAUUAUAAUGAAAUAAGAUUACAACAACAAUGUUUACGUGAAAAAUUAGAUGAAUUUGAACAUGAACGUGAUCGUUUUAUAAAUGAUAAUAAACGUUUUGAAAUGGAACGAAAAUCAUUUGAUAAAGGACUACCUCAAUUACAUCAAAACAAAGAAUUAUUAAAUGAAAAUGAAACACUUAGUCGUGAUAUUCGUGAUCUGCAACAAGAGAAAAAGAAUCUUCUAUCACGAAUUAAUCAUCUGACUGGUGAUUUAGAAUCGAUUCGUUCAGAAAAAGAAAUGAUUGUUGAAAAUAAAAAUAUUGAAUUUGAAGAACUACAAUCACAAUUGGAUGCAAAAGAAAAAAAUCUUUGUUCAUUAAAACGUUUUAUUGAUGAACAAACACAAGAAAGAGAAAUGGAACGUGAUGAAUUUAAUAAAGAAUUGGUUACAUUAAAAGAUAAACUAAAAGAACGGGAAAAAUUGGAAAAUAAAUUACGAUCACAAUUAAGAACGGCUGAAAAUCAAUUAACCAUUAUGAAUGAUGAUUGUAAACAACGUGAUGAACAAAUUGAUGAAUUAAAUCGUAUGAUAAAAGAUUUGAAUCAAAAAUUAUCCGAAUCAAAUUCAUCCAAACAACAUUUAGAAAUGGAAAUUGAAAGAAAUAAUCAAUGUGAAAAAAAUCUUCGUUCAAGAUUGAAAAAAUUAUCCACGAUAUUACAAAUUCGUUUGAAUGAUGAAGCCGAUUGGAAUGAAGUGUUAACAGCUUUAGAUCAAUUUAUUAUGACCAAAUCAUCGGUGUCUUCACCGGUCAAAGUUUUUGGUCUUCGAAAACCAAAAAUCAACACCACAGAUACAAAUGAUUUGGACAAUUCAAUAUUUACAACAAUCAAAUUAAUGGAUGAUCGUAUUGUUGAUUUGAAUACAAAUAUUGAAUCAUUACAGCUGACAAAUGAUCAAAUGAAAAAUGAUUUACAAACAAAAAUUGAAUUAAUUAAAGGAUUAGAACAACUUAAACCAAAAAUUGAAUAUUUAGAAAAAAAUAUUCAAGAAUUAAAUAAAACAAAUGAUCUAUUACAACAGGAAAUCAAUACAAGUCAUAUAAAAUGUUCACAAUUAAAAGUAAAAUUAGAUUCAUCGGUUGAUAUACAAGAAUUUCGUAAAGUUGUACAAGAAUUACAAACCAAAUUAAUUGAGGAAAAACAACAAACCGAAUCGAUUACAGUGAAAUUGGAACAAUCAAAUCGUCAUGUUAAUGAAUUGACUGAAAAAUUAGAUGCUUAUAAAAAAGAAAUACGUUCGUUUAAAGAAUUGCUCAAAUCACAUGAUCAUUGCAAUGGAAAUAAUGUUAAUGUUGAUAAUAAGAAAACAACAUUUGAUCAUCAUCAAAGAAAUUCAAAAGAUCUGACAUUCGAAAUGGCCAAACUAAAUGAUCAAUUAGAAAUAAAAGAUAAAACUAUAUUAAUGUUGGAAAAUAAUAUUGAAAUUUUUAAAACGAAAUUCGAAACAAUGCAACAAGAACGUGAUUGUUAUCAUGACCGGCUUAAAUGUUUGGAUGAUUCACGUAAUAAAAUUACAAUUUAUGAAAAAAAUAUUGAAAAAUUACGAUUACAGAAUAAAAUAUCAAUGGAUAAGAUUACCUAUCUGGAAUUGGAAAUACAAAAUCUUCGGAAAAAAAUUGAAUUAUUAGAAAAAGAAAAUUGUGAACUAAAAAUUGAUAAUCAAAAAUUAUUACGACAAAAACAGGAUAUGUUAACAGCUGCUGCUGAUUAUGUUGAUUUAGUUGCCGAACAAGAUUUAGCUAUUUCGACAACUAAUACCGUUACCAUCAACAAUAAUAAUAAUCAACAAAUGAAUGGUUUGGAUCGAAUAAAUUCAAUUAGUUCGAAUAAUCUAUUAAUGUUAAAAGUUCGUCGUCUUUUAACACAAAAAGGUGCAUUAAUUUAUCAGAAAAAUUAUCUGAUUCAUGUUUUAAACAGUUAUCAACGUACCGAAAAUGAUACAUUAGCAUUAUUGGCCAAUUUUAACAAUUCCAAAGAAUCAGAUGAAGAUGAUAAUCGAAUGCAUGGUAAAUCUAGAUUUCGUUCAAUUGUGUAUGCAUUGAUUGCAUUAAGUCGAAUGCGAUUUAUGGUCAAUAUUUGGCAAUGUCGUAAACGACAAUUUUUAUUUCAUAAAACUGCCAAUUCAAUUGCUGCAUUACAGAAUGUUCCUUUACCACCAAGACAAACAACAAAAGAUGGUAAAAGCUUGAAUUCAUCAUCAUCAUCCGCAUCAUCAUCUGUAAAUACAAGUCCAUCAAGAUUGCAUUUAAUCAAUAUAAAACAAGGCAAUCAUCAUCCAGUAAUUAAUUCAACACUUAAAGAUUAUGUUGAUCGAUUACAUGUUGUUCACGAAACAUUGGGCCUUUACACCAACAAACGUUUAUAAUAAUGAUGAUUGCAUUUCAAAAUUAUUUAUUCAUUUUAUUUUGUAGAGAAUCAUUUUUUUCAAGCAUUUCAUAAAAUUUCUAAACAUUU